AUGUGUGGUUUCAUACAGCAUUAUAAAUGGAAGCGAGUGGUGCAGAAAUGUCAAAUGUCAUCGUAUCCUCUUCGAUUAUCAUUUAAAAAAUUUGGCAAAGAAUGUAAACUUGCACCAAUAAUUAUUUUACAUGGUCUAUUUGGUCAAAAAAUGAACUGGAAUUCAAUAGCGAAUGUGUUGCAGUAUCGUCUAGAAACAGUUGUAUUCAGUUUAGACUUACGUAAUCACGGUGAUUCUCCGUGGCAUCCAACGAUGACAUAUGCUGAAAUGGCAAAUGACGUCAAAUAUUUUAUAGACGACAUAUUACCUCAACAAAUUGGUAAAUUAUCACGAAUACAUUUGCUUGGUCAUUCAAUGGGUGGCAAAACGGCUAUGCAUUUUGCUUUGAUGGAAGGCAGUAGCGAACGAUUGAAAUCAUUAAUUAUAGAAGACAUAGCUCCAAAGAAGUAUAUUUCAUCUACAAAGUUUCCAAAAAUUAUUAAUGCUAUGAAAUCUAUCAAUUUAAAUACUUCUCGUAAUGAAAUUGAACAAAAAUUGGCUCAAACGAUUACUGAUCGAACGUUACGAAUGUUUUUGUUGAUGAACUUGUCGCGAUUAGACAAGCAAAAGUAUCGAUGGCAAUUGAAUUUAGAUUCUAUUCAGAAUUGCAUGCAUGAAAUAAGUGGCAAUGGUAUACAGGAUAAAGGAGUAUAUCAUGGUAAAUGCUUAUUUGUUUCAGGUGCUAAUUCAGAUUAUAUUAAACCUAUUGAUCAUACGCUCAUUUUAGAACGCUUUCCAAAAGCUUUGUUUUCUGUAAUUGCUGGUGCAUCACAUUGGGUGCAUGCUGAGAAACCCUAUGAAUUUACUGAUGUUAUUGCUGAUUUUAUCUCUUCCGUUGAAUUUGAACAUUAUAAUAAGUGUAACAAAAAGUGA